AUGUCCUCUACUGUGACCAUAAGUACGCGAGAAAUUUCCGUUUUUUCAGAGGAGUACAAGAAACGCCGGAAAUUGCAAAUGAUGAGGUUUUUUGGUGCUACUGCCUUCACUUUACUAUCUGCCCGUUUGGCAUUUCGCGGAGUCCAAUCUCGCAAAUAUGUUCCAAAUAUGUUUCAGCUCAACCACAAACCUCCAUUGUAUUCCUUCCAGGGAGAAGCUGUAAGUGCUCUAGCGUUUGGAACUGGACUAGCUACAGGCUCUUUUGGUAUGCUAGUGUUUGGAACGUGCUGGCUCGCAGACAUAUCAUCGUUUGCUGAGUUUACCUUGAAGGUCAGAAAACUGAUGGGUGAACCCGCUACUCGAAUUUCUGAAGAGCCGUUAGAUAUAGAAACGCAAAAAGUGACGCAGGCCCUUCAGGAACUUCUCGAGAACUCCAGACGCUAA